UGGCUACAUAAGCAUAGGCUUAGCCUAUACACCAAUCUUUGUUAUUCUCAGUCCUGCAUCAGCACUAUGGUGUCAAUUCUCAAAAACAAUUUGGAGAAGGAUAUAUUUCAUAUUAAAGGGGAUAGACUGGUUCAUGUUUUGCAGCUUGCAAAUAUAAGUAAAGAAGAUCCCAAGAAUUAUCUAUGCAUAUCUGUGUCUGCAAGAAAUGAUGUCUGCCUGACUUGGCUAGCUGUGACAGAAAGGAAAAUGGCUUUAAAAUAUGAAUCAAGGGGCACGUGGCUUUUGAAGGAUUUAACAUUAAUUGAUGGCGUUGAUCAAUCACAGGAUAAUGCUUUCUUCCUCCUACAUUUUAAUGCUGAAAUCUUCACUUUGGAAGCCUAUAGUACAGCAUCUAAGUAUGCCUUCCUCCGGUGUCUACGUGAGAUGAGUACACAGUAUCUUCAACGAGAACUUCAGUGGAUACAUUUUGAUAACGAUUUUGUUGGAAAAACAUCUAUAUUUGUCCCCGAUGAUACAGUGCUAUAUGUGACACUGUGCAUUAAGGCUUUUAGCUGUGCCUGUCUCUGCAGCUGUAUUUGAAAGACUAUUCAGAUAUUUCAUCUCAUAAGACUGUACAAGAUCGCCACCAUUUAAAAAAUUAAUGCAUAAUUUGUGAGACUCUGGAAUAGUACAACUGAUUUUGUAGCAAGUGCACAAAAAAUUAACUUACCAUAUAUACUCAAGUGUAAACCGACUUUUUCAGGACAUGAAAAAGCCCCCCUUGGCUCCCAGUAAUGUAUCAGUGUUCAGUGUUCGAGGAGGAGGCAGCGGCUUUGUUACAAUGAAUGGCCACCGACUGCAGCAUGACAAAGCAGGAGAUCAAAAGUAGAUGAGUGAGGGCGCAGUGAGGCUGCAGAUGGAUACAGUGAGGCACACUGAGGCUGCAAAUGGGCACAGUGAGGCUGCAG